CAGAGAGCACAGAAAUGAUUUACCUGUUGCCACACCUGUAUGUGUUUAUGUGUGUGUGUGUUUGUAUCUGAGCAGAGACUCUGAUCUCGUCUGAGACUCAUAAUCUGAAUAAUCAAUUAUUCUUCUGUAUUACUGCAGCAUCAGGACUUUGGCAGUGGAAACAUGAAAAAUCAACACUUUUAUUUAACCUGGGAGUUCAGACGAAUAUGAACUGUGGGAGUUUAAAUGUUCUGUAGUUUCAUCCCUAAACCAUAGACGUGAUUUCUACAGAUAGAAGUUUGAUACUACAGAACAACAAUCCAACUCACAAACCGAACGGAAAGACAAACAAGCAGCGAAAUGACCGAGCUCCUCGUCAUUAAACCUGAAAGAGUUGAUGAGAGGAAACCGCUCACUACCAGCGAGAACUUCCAAGAACUUCAGAGGUCUGAUGGAGAUCACACAGAACCCAGAACCCUGCAAUGGCACGAGGAUCGAGGACCAGACCACCGCUCACCUGAAGGACAGACGUCCAGCCAGGAGCAGGUGAGUGGAAUGGAGAGUUCCAGAGAGCUGGAGAGAGGAGAGCACUGGAUGGGCAUGGAGGAGAAGAAGAGUGAUGAUGAAAGAGGAGAUCAGGACAGUGGAGACGGCUCAUUGGCUGAUGAUGAGAAAGAGGAUGAUGAUGAUGAAAUCGGUUGCGAUAGGGUACGUGCGCACUGGAUGCCAGAGAAAGCCGGACAGCUCUUCACUCCAAACAUAAUGAUAGUGCAGCCGACCUGCCAUCAGCAGGACCUGAAUGAAAGCAGUGUGAUGAAAGAGGAGAUACAGAUGGAGAAAGCUCCUCUAUACACGCAAAACUUUCACAUGAGCCAACCAAAACACUUCCACCCACAGUGGAUAGAAGACAUUGAAAAACCCAAAGACAGUUGCUGUGGAGAGAUUGUAAGAGUGUGUGUGUUUAUUACGGCUGCAGCAGUUAUUUUUCCGUUACUAACGUGGGGCGGGUACGAGCUCCUGCCCUUUAAAAUCCCUCUUCUCGACAGUACCCCCUUCAGGCUGGUCUAUACUCUACGCUGUGCGUUUUUCGCCACCAUUCCAAUAGUGCUGGGGGUGUUGGUUCAGGGUGCGUCCCGUCUGAGGUUUGGGACCCUGAAGCCGCUGUUUGUUGGGACGUGGGAGAUUCGUCAGGUGGCCGUUCACAGUCACUACGUCAGAGAGUCCCUCCACCUGUACCUGCUGUAUUUCAUGCAGCUCGCUGUCAUGGCGACCUACAUCCAACAGGAGAUGCUCAAACUGGUGCCGCUCCUCACCAUCAUCUUUGUGAUUGGCCGACUGAUUUACUGGGUGUGCGUUGUUUAUGGCAGCAGCGUACGAGCGCUGGGUUUCGGCCUCUCCUUCUUGCCCCUGCUUGCCCUUCUGGGGGCAAACCUUUACUUCAUUGGCUCAGUGGGCGGAGCAGAGGUGAUAUUUGAUGUGGCCCCUCCCACUACACCCCCACCCCCAAAGCUGAGAUGGUGGGGGUGAAACGGAAGAACAACAGAGAUCUGAGUUUCAUGUUUCGAGUUGUUUGCUUUGCUGUCGUCCACGAUGGCGAGACGUUCACAUAAUAAACAAUGAAGUUUGUUCGAGAAUCAUCUAGAAGGAAUUCUCGCCUGCACUGAGAGCGAUGAUGAGACUGAUCAGUUUAACUUGUGACUCAUAUUGGGGGAAUCUCAGGGAAUCUGCCAGCACAAGCUCUUCAGAAGUUAUAUUUUACAUUGUUAUACAGAAAGUAAUGAAUCUUACAGACAUGCUGUUUGUUUACUAUUGUUGUUGUUGUCAUGCUGUCAAUAUAAUGUUUGAAUGUUUCCUCAUGUUUGUGAAAAUACAGUUUAUUAAAUGAAGUUGAUCAUCAAUGUCCAGAUUUAAUCUAUCUUCUAAUGAAACUUUAUAAACGUCUUUGUGAUCACAUUUUAUUCAAGAUCUCUUGAUUCGAUACAAAACAAACAAAAUUCAGUUCACAAGAGAGUCGAGGAAGAAUUUAUGUAGAGAAAUAUGAUUAUUGCAGCUUUUAAAACUAUAUUUACAUUUGUAAAAGAACAGUAAGGUUUGUGCGUACAUGUGCAAAUAAACGUUUGUUAGUAAAUAUGCAGUUUCCUCCAAACAUUGACCAGUCAAAUGUUUAUUUAAUAAACUAUUUUACAAUUCUCUUAAAAAUAACUGCUGCAUAACAAUAAACGUAUUUAAUUCAUCUAAACUGAAGACUAACCGUCCAAAUCCCUGAGAAACUGAAAUGCUUUUCUGAUUGUUAAAUUCGGACAACAUUUGCGUAAUUAUAUUUGAGGAUUAAAGAGAAAAAUUAUCAUUUUAAGUCUUAAAAAUGUGUGCAAUUUUCCACAGUCAGUUAUCUGGCCAAUAUAUGAUUUUAAAACAAGCAAAA